AUGUUCUUUCAUGCACAUCGGCUAGACCAAGAAGGUCGUCUUAAGGAUGUUUUAUGGGUAGAUGCACGGAGCCGGGUGGCCUAUCAGGAAUUUGGUGAUGUUGUGUGCUUUGAUGCAACAUAUUUAACCAAUGAAUAUGAGUUGCCCUUUGCAAAUUUUGUAGGGGUAAAUCACCAUGGACAAUCAAUACUUUUGGGGUGUGCUCUUGUGUCUCAUGAAACCACGGAAACCUACUUUUGGGUUUUUGAGCAAUGGCUAUCUUGUAUGGGAAACAUAGCUCCUGGUGCUAUCUUGAUCGAUCAAGCUGCUGCAAUGAGAAAGCCCAUUGCUCAGUUGAUGCCUUCAACUCGUCAUAGGUGGUGCAUCUGGCACAUUAUGCGGAAGAUACCGGAGAAGUUGGGCAAAUGCAAACACUAUGCUGAUUUUAAGAGCCCUUUGAAGACUGUAGUAUAUGAGAGCUUUACAGUGGAGGAGUUUGAGUUCAGACGGAAUGCACUCAUCAAAAAGUACUCAUUGGAGGACAAUGAUUGGCUAUGUGAUCUUUUUGAUGAAAUACACAUGUGGGUUCCAGCCUUUAUGAAGGAGCAUUUUUGGGCCGGAAUGAAGACCACACAGCGUGUGGAAAGUAUUAAUAGUUUCUUUGAUGGCUUCGUAGAUAGACAGACAAAGCUUCACGAAUUCCCGGAGAAAUAUACAAGGGCAAUGAAGAAGCGUGUCCAAUCUGAAGUGGCUGUUGAUGCCAGGUGUGGUAAAUAUGUUCGUAGGCUAGUUAGUGGGUUUAGAGUGGAGAAGUUGUUUCAGAAAAUCUACACGGAUGCUAAAUUUCAGGAAGUCCAGAAAGAGUGUGCCAGAAUGGGGUAUUGCUAUCCGAAGGUCAGGCGUGAACUUGAAAAUGAUAAGACGGAGUACGUACUUGAAGACAGGGUGUGGAUAAUACCCGAAGGCAAGAGUGAGGAUGUUAUAACAGAUAGGAGAAUUUGGGUACGAGUUGUUUUUGAUCAGAUAACAAAAGAUGUUUCUUGCGAUUGUAGGAAAUUUGAGACCUUUGGGAUAUUGUGCAAGCACGUAAUUCGGGUAUUUGAGGAUAAUUUGUUGUUGGACAUACCUAAAAAAUACAUCCUUGACAGGUGGAGGAAGGAUGUCCCUCGAAAACAUACUCGAGUUAAAGUUGCCUACCAUGAUCCCGGUGAUACACCUCAAGUCCAACACUAUCGUAGAAUGAUGAGGGAAUUUGAAGGAAUAUGUGAUGAGGCGUCUGCUGUUGAUGAUAUUGAUACGGUCGAUAUGGUUAUUUCUAGCUUGAAAGAGCUCCGUUUAAACGUUAAAGAGAGUCGGAAAAAAUUCAUUGUCAAACAAGCAGUACUACCGACAAUGCCUGCAAAUGAAGUGCCCCCUUCUGAAAUCGGUUCAAACAGCUCCCCUACACAGCUUCAUACUCCCUCCUCAGUUGCAAAUGACUUCCCCAAAGUUGCAAACGUUAAGGAUCCUAUCCACCGCAAGAAGCCUCGGGGCAGACCUAAGACUACUAGGUAUAAGAGCUCAGCCGAAAAAGGUUACAAAAUCCAGAAACCAAGUGCAGCUGCAAAGAAAACACAGCAGAUGCAAUUGGCUUUGAAUGAUAGAGCAAGUGCAAUUUGCCCAGAUGCAAUCGAAACGCUGCUGUACCAUAGGCCCAACAUUCAAGCUAUCUUGAUCUAG